AUGGUCUCACUUUUUGAUUGGGACGAAAAUAACAAGCAACUAGGCGAUAAGUAUUCCUUUUGCUGCGGCAUAGAGGUUACUAAAAAUGACGCAUUGCCGACGCUUAUUUGUCUAAAUUGCGUGGAUCGCCUUACAUUUGCUUAUCAAUUCAAACUACAAUGUAUUUCGUCCACUGAGACGUUGAAAGAGUGUCUCGAAGAGUUUACCAAAAGUCAGGCUGCGGUUACGGUUCCCAAAAAAGAGAUCAAUGAAACUGAAACAAUAACAAUUAAGCAAGAGAAUGGGUUGCUUUUGCAAUAUGAACUCCCGGUGGAACAUGACCCACAGGCACAAUGGACCCGAACUCUUACAAAGACACCCAGCACUGCUGUUGUUACUAAAGCACCAGGUCCAAGAAAGAGAGGAAGGCCAAGGAAAUAUCCAAAUGAGCAAGGACAGAUUGAUGUCUCUCCAUACCAACGUAAAAAGCCCAAAGAGUCCGAAAAGGAACCAGAAUCUCUCACUACCCUGCUAGCAUCUGGCUCAUUGGAUCUGAAGGAAGAGCCAUUAGAUGAUGAGGAGCCUUUUGAAGCAGAUGGUUUUGAUGCUGCUGAUGACCCUGACUUCAACCCUGCAACUGAAGAGCCUGAAUCAGAAACUGAGAUAAAAAAGGAGACACCACCAAGAAAACGUGGGCGACCGCCUAAAGUUCGCAUAGAACCCAUCAAACAAAAGUCUGUGGACAGUGAGGAUGUACUGUUGAAGGAGACAAUCCUGGCAUUCUCUGAGCCAAUACCUGAACACAUACUCAACCCAAAACCCAAGAAGAAGCGACCAAAUCAGCAAAAGAAGAAAUAUACCUAUGAAAAGACACACACAUGUGAAACCUGCGGUGCCUCGUUCACAUCAAAUGCCUCGCUUCAAGCACACAUUAGGCGGCAUUUAGGCAUCAAACCAUUUGUAUGCAGCGUUUGCGGGUACGCGUGCGUUCUGAACAUGGAGCUGCGGCGGCACAUGAUGCGGCACACGGGGGUGCGGCCGUACAAGUGCCGCGUGUGCGAGCGCCGCUUCGGGGACUUCGGCAGCCGGCAGAAGCACGAGAGUGUUUGCUGCUACUCGUGCGUAACGAACGAGGCGUUGAAACGGCACAUGCUGCGACAUACCGGCGAGCGCCCCUACCAGUGUCGCAUAUGCGAGCGCCGUUUCGGCGACUACGGCACCAGGCAGAAGCACGAGAGAUUACACAUGGGACUUCGGCCCUACCAAUGCUCGCUCUGUGGCAAAGCCUUCACCUACUCCUAUGUGCUGGCCAAUCACAUGCUAACUCAUACUGGAGAGAAGAAAUAUUCCUGCGGACCAUGCAACAAGAAGUUCACCAAAGCGCACCACCUCAAGUACCACAACAAAGUGCACCAUAAAGAUCUAUACAUACAGCAGCAACUGGAGCUCGAGGCCAAGAAGAUCAGACAACAGUUAAAUGUGAACAACCUAUCUGGGGUGAUAUCCGGGCAGAUAGUUGACGGCACCUUGCAACUUAUACAGUCUCAAUCCGAAGACGGCGAACAUGAGACACAGAUGGUGGUGGAAGAGCAGGAUCAAGAGGAUGACAGCGAAAAGGAGACAAACCGCGCUGUCGCCGACAUGCAGGUCGUACUCGACGCAGAUUUCUGUAUAGACGAAGAAGAUAGUAAGGAGCAG